AUGGAGGCGCCGCGGCCGGUACUGCUGCUCUUGGGGCUCCUGGGGCUCCUGCUGCUCCUGGGGAUCCGCGAGGCGGCAGAGACCUCGCAAAUACAUACCAGCGGAUCUUCCACAGCACCUGAGGCAGGCGAGACAGGUGGAACAGCUGACAUCCAGGAGCAGAGGAGCACGUCCCUAGAGAACGAAAACGAGCAGAAGGGUAAAUCCAAUGAUGGUGACCUCCCAACAGACCUGAGCAGUGGGAUCAGGGUGGAUAAGAAGCAGAACACAAACGAGGAGCAGGACAGCAGUCUGACUGGAAAUGGCAGCAAUGAGGAGGAGGAGAAAAACGAAAAACUGAAAGGAAGCAGCGCGGGGGCUACUCAGGAUGACCAAGGUGCAAAUGAGACUAGUGAAAGCAGCAAUGCAAGAGAUGGGAGACAGGGACAUGAAGGCCAGAACAGCAGCAGUGGUGGCCCAGGCAACACGGGCAGUGAUGACCAGGGCAGUACAAGGACCAGCACUGCUGCCAAGGGCAACCCAAGCAGUGGCACUGAUGGCCAGGGCGGUACAGGGACCAGCACUGGUGGCCAGCCUGACAACCACAACAAUAGUGAUAAGCAGAGCAAAGACCAGGACAGCAAAAACAGCCAGGAUGGCAACCAGCCAGGCAGCCCCGGGAGGGAGGGCACCAAGGAGAACAGCAGUGACAAAAACAAGGCUGGCACCAGCAAGAGCAGUGAUGACAACGGCCACGAAAACACAAAUCUUAGCAACACUCAGGACAGUGCCAACAACGACCCGGGCAGCAGUGACAGGAACAGGGCUGGCACCCAGGGCAGCGAGGCCAGCAAUGGGCACACAAACGGGGGCACCAGCCAAGGCAGCAGUGGUGGGCAGCAGGCUCAGACUGAGAGCCAGGGCACUGCUGGUGGCAAGCAGCCUCAGAGCCAGGACAAUCCAGACAACUCCCAGGAGGACCAAAACGCUGUGGCACACUCCACUGUGGAGGGCGAGAGCUUUGUGAAAAAUGAAGAAAUCACUGCAGAGGACGUGGCCAAUGCUGAGGAGGGCAGGGACAGCUCCUUGGACCAGGACAGAGGAAAGAGUGUUCCCUCUCUGCCCAGGGCUCACUCGGAGAACAGCCACUUCUUUGCCUAUCUGGUGACCACAGCUAUCAUCGUUGCAGCCCUGUACGUGGCUUACCACAACAAACGCAAGAUCAUUGCUUUUGCUCUGGAAGGAAAAAGAUCAAAAACUGGUCGAAGGCCCAAAUCUGGUGAUUAUCAGAGACUGGAUCAAAAGAUCUAGAUUCCUCCUCAGAUGAUGACGGCCGCUGAUGGGAAUGCAGUGCUGCCACAGUUGGAUUUCAGUCCAUGGGAAGGAGAGGAAACGCUUUUUGUUUUGCACCUGCACCUUGAUAAAACUUCUCACUUCCCUAGAUUGCUCCUUUCCCAGCUGCCUUGUUUUUCCCCUGGGCAUCUGGCUGCUGGAAAAGCCAGUCCUAGAACUGCACACCUAGAACUUCUGUGUCCCAAUGCAAUGGAAUUUGCUAUCUGCUGGACUGACCCCUCCUUUUGGGGGGAAAAUUAAGGAUCUGCUGCACAAUGAGCCAUGGGACUGUUCCUUGCCUGGGAACGAAGCUGCUUUGGUCUCCUC